AUAGGAUAAAUCACAUGAUGUAAAAAUGACAGAUGGGAGUGAAAUGUAAACUAACUUGUUUAACAUGUGAUAAAUUGAUAUAAUUUGAGGAAAACAACGUGCAGAUCAUGUGUUACACUUUUGCUACAUUGGUAUAUUUGUGACUACUAUAAUUAUAAUAUAGUAUACAAUAGUUAAGCUUUACCGACAUGUUUGUGGUGAAAAAUUUCUGUUAUAAAGUAGUGCUAGCAUAAACAACAAUUAUGAAAGACCAGUAACCAUAAUACCUGAAGAUUUUAUAUAUACUGAAGUACAGCUAGAAUUCAAGUCACCUGUAAUACUCAUCAUUUUCUCAUCAUAGUCUCAAACAUAACCGUCUCACAAUGUCUUCAAUGGUCCACAAACUUCCAGUGUCUCAGAGACUUGGUUUCAGUAUUGGACAUGUUUUAAAUGAUCUGACAGCUUCCAUGUGGUUUAGUUAUUUGAUAAUAUACUUUCACCAAGUGAAAAGAUUCAAUAAUAUUUUAGCAGGAUUAUUAAUGUUAAUAGGACAAGUUAGUGAUGCUAUGUUCACUCCGUUCAUUGGUUUUGAAUCAGACAGUACUGUGGGGAUAUGUAACUUAGGGAAAAGAAAAUCCUGGCAUUUUGUUGGUACUUUAUGUGUAAUAGGAAGUUUUCCGUUUGUCUUUAACAAGUGUAUAGAGUGUGAAAACUCUCCAGACUGGGCACAAUUUAUCUACUAUGCACCAUUUGUUGUCAUUUUCCAGUUUGGCUGGGCGUCUGUACAGAUUAAUCAUUUAUCUCUUAUACCAGAUCUGACGCCAGACGAGGGAGAGAGAGUAGAACUCAAUGGAAUGAGAUAUGCAUUUACAGUUAUAUCCAAUUUAAUAGUAUUUGGUGUGUUUUGGUUGUUAUUUGAUCUGAAUGAUGGGAGCAAAGAUGCUACAAUGUUAAGUCACACAGAUAGUGAUAGAUUUAGGAAUCUUGUAUUUAUAGCAGUAGCCAUAGGGAUAGUAUUUAGUUUUAUAUUUCACUUGGUUGUUAGGGAGAAAGUGAAAUGUAAUCAGGAGAUGGUAGGAGAGGAACCAGGGUCAUCAGAAAAUCUUGUUUCUACCAUUGAAGCUUCUAUGCUUCAGAAAACAUUAAUGACGUGGAGAUGCUGGUUAAAAGAAUUUCAAUUUUAUCAGAUUGCUGUUAUAUAUAUGUGCACAAGACUAUUUGUAAAUGUAUCACAAAUUUACCUACCUCUUUACAUCACAGAAACAUUGCAGAUGGAAAAGGACAAUGUAGCUGUAAUGCCUUUAGUGGUUUAUGUCAGUGGAUUUUUUACAUCACUUGUUAUGAGACCAAUGAAUAAAAAAAUAGGAAGAAAGGCCACAUAUCUAGUUGGGAUUGUGUUUGGUGUGUCAGCCUGUGUAUGGAUGUUUUUCUUAACAGAAUCAACAUCUAAACAAACUUAUGGUGCUGCUGUUUUACUUGGAAUAGGAGGAUCUACAAUGUUAGUUACCUCCCUUUCUAUGACUGCUGAUAUGAUUGGAGAAAACACAGAAAGUGGUGGCUUUGUAUAUGGAUCCAUGAGUUUUACAGAUAAAUUAUCAAAUGGCCUAGCUGUUACAUUAAUCCAGUUUCUACAUCCUUGCACGGCCUGCUGUCCACACUGUAAUGCCUAUUACCGAACUAUUUUGGCCUUUGUACCUGCUGGCGUAGCAGUGGUGGCAUUUAUAGGUUUAUUAACAUUAAUACCUACAAAGAUAGGAACACGUAAAAAACAUUGUAAGUAUCUUGCCUGUUAUGAUUUUAAUUUUUGGGUUAAGUCCCCAAUUCAGAAGAAAAUGAGGCGCUUGGAGCCGAUUGUUAAUAAUGGUGCAGUGAAAUCUCAGGAAAAUAAUACAAACAUCUACUAUGACACUGAAGAUGAUGUUAAACAGCCGUUACUUAGAAAGAAAACUCCUAGUAUAAAUAAUAGCUGA